GAAACCAACCAGGUCCAAUAUGAGACCUCCUUAACUUACCCAUCUUCUUCUGAGCACCAUGGCCAUCACCGCGAGGCCUGGAUUCCUCACUGCAGCCUCUCGUGCAGGAAUAGUAGCCCACGUUCUUGCCUUGACUGCAGCCAUUCUUGUGCUCGUAUGGGUGCUCCACUUCGGAGGUGGUGCCCGCCUGCAUUCAGAGAACAAAGAGCUCAUCUUCAAUGUGCAUCCACUUGUGAUGACUUUGGGUUUCAUACUUGUUAUUGGAGAAGGUAUUAUGGCUUACAAGACGGUUCCAGCGUUGAAGAAAGUGCAAAAAUGCGUGCAUAUGUCGCUUCAUCUAGUGGCUCUUACUCUUGGGAUCUUUGGGGUCUAUGUUGCCUUCAAAUAUCACAGGGAGAGCCUGAUACCUGACAUGUAUAGCUUGCACUCAUGGUUGGGAAUGUGUACCAUCUGCCUAUUCGGUUUGCAGUGGUUGUUUGGAUUUUUUUGUUUUUGGUACCCAAAAGCAUCAUUACCUACAAGGGCGAGGGCAGUCCCGGUUCAUGCUUCUGCUGGUCUGACUAUCUUCUUCAUGACAAUUUGCACGGCAGAGACCGGGUUUGUGGAGAAGGGAGCCGAGCCAGGACCUGAGACCCGUUUGAUUAACUUCACCGGACUCAUACUUUUCUUAUUUGGUUUGUCUGUGAGCAUCUCCGUUGUCCUCCCCAAGGUGAUUAGUUUGUAGGUCAAAAUGUUCCUGAUAUAUAUACACAAUUUCAUGUACUUUUGGCUUCCUUACCUUUGUGGGUUUCUUCCUUGUUUAUGCCUGAGAGGAAUGUUGUGCAUUGCUAUCAAGAUGGAUUAAUUCUAGACCUCAGGUUACUAC